AGUGGGAUCAAUCUUAACUAAACAUGCUUAACAAAAGCAAACAAAAGAUAAUAAGAUGAUUGCAUUAAAAAAGUGUAACAGUGUACGAGACUGCAAGGAAUCUACACCGCACGAACAAGUUAUUAUGUAGUACAAGUUGGGCAUCAAACUCUGUUGUUUUCUCCACCACAGAUUCUCUCAUCAACUAUGAAGAUAAUUAUAACACAAGGUUGAAUCCUCAGGUUCUGUCACUCAUUCCAGCAAUAUGAUCACUUCUGUUGAUUGCAGGAUUGAUGCUACUAUGAGCAUGACAUUAAGUUCAAGUGGUUUGAAUAAGAUUGGCAGCUUGCAUAUAGCACAGACUUGCCUUUCCAUGCCCUCGAGGCAUCGGUCGUGGCGCUUGCUUUGUUCCCCCAUUUGCUCUGCUUCGGUAUCUUUGCUCGUGGAGGAGAGGAGAAGCACAUUUGAUAGAGAGAAAGCGGACAGGCUAGUAAAGGAUCUAAAGAAGGUAUUCAACUCUGGAAAGACGAAAACAUAUGAAUGGCGCAUCGCACAGCUAACAAGCAUGUUGAAAAUGAUAGAGGAAAAUGAGGCGGACAUUUAUAGAGCUCUCUAUCAGGACCUCUCCAAGCCCGAAUCAGAAGCUUUUAUCUCUGAGGUUGCUAUGACUACAGGCUCAUGUAAACUCGCACUAAAAGAACUGGAUCAAUGGAUGAAGCCACAAAAGGCAAAAACUACAGUGACCACAUACCCUUCCUCAGCAGAAAUUGUGUCAGAACCUUUAGGAAUUGUGUUGGUCAUCUCUACCUGGAACUAUCCUUUCUUACUAUCUCUGGAUCCAGUAAUUGGAGCCCUUGCAGCUGGUAAUGCUGUUGUUCUUAAGCCAUCAGAAAUUGCCCCUGCCUCAGCUUCUCUUCUUUCAAAGCUAUUUAGAGAAUAUUUAGAUAAUUCUGCUGUAAAAGUUGUGGAGGGAGCAGUUGAUGAAACAACUGCAUUACUCGAACAGAAGUGGGAUAAAAUAUUUUAUACAGGUAAUGGAAGGGUUGGAAGGAUUAUAAUGGCUGCUGCUGCAAAGCAUCUCACUCCUGUCAUCUUGGAAUUGGGAGGGAAGUGUCCUGCCGUUGUUGAUUCAAAUACAAAUUUACAAGUUUCUGCAAAGAGGAUAGUAGCAGGUAAGUGGGGAUGCAAUAAUGGACAGACUUGCAUUGCUCCUGAUUAUAUCAUAACUACAAAAGCUUUUGCACCAAAGUUGAUAGAUGCUUUAAAAAAUGAGUUGGUGGAGUUCUUUGGAGAUUAUCCAAUGAAGUCAAAAGACAUGUCGCGCCUGAUUAAUUUAUACCACUUUAAACGUUUGACUAGUCUAAUGGACGAGGAUGAGGUCUCUGAUAAGAUUGUUGUAGGAGGCCAAAGAAAUGAAGAACAAUUAAAGAUAUCGCCAACCAUCUUGUUAGAUGUGCCAGAGACUUCUCAGAUAAUGCAGGAGGAAAUAUUUGGACCAUUGCUACCCAUCCUCACUGUGGACAAUGUGGAAGACAGCUUUAAUAUAAUAAACUCAAGAUCAAAACCUCUUGCUGCAUAUAUAUUUACAAGCGAUGAGGAACUAAAGAAGGCUUUCGUUAGAGACAUAUCUGCAGGAGGGAUGCUUAUCAAUGACACUAUCAUACAUCUUACAGUUGACAGUUUACCGUUUGGAGGAGUAGGAGAGAGCGGAAUGGGCUCAUACCAUGGAAAAUUCUCGUUUGAUUCUUUUAGUCACAAGAAGGGAGUUCUUUACAGAGGUUUCACAGGAGAUUCACCUACUAGAUUCCCACCAUACACACCAGCCAAGUUGCGGUUACUUAAGGCAUUGAUUAGUGGAGACAUAUUCCAAGUUCUGCGUUCUAUGAUUGGAUUACCAAAGAAUUAAAAAGAUAAUGAUUUAUGGUUAGUUUCUGUAAACUUUACAUAAACUUGUAAAAUGUAACAUAGGGGUUAGGCAGCUCAAAGAUAUUACAAAGGAGAUGUUAAUUGAUAA